AUGGUUGAAGAUCCAAAUACAGGCAUACUAUCGUCGUCAACUACCGGAGAAAUGCUCCAUCUGGAAGAGUGCCGGCGAAGAGCGAUGAUCCGCUUCUCGGAUCCUCAUCAAUCUCGGCACGGACGAACCGUAACUGGGCGGUCCACAAAGCAAGCACCGUUGACCCAGCACCUGUGGAUUUUCCAAUUGAGGAUGAACCCUCGAACCGCGAAAGAAUUCCCCGAGUAUUUCGAAUCGAAAGAUUAUGGGUCUAGAGUUUUCUACCUGCUUUCACACGAAGGAACCUACGAUAUCUACGAUGGUGGCUUGCCGAUGACCGUGUCUGGCGAUGCGGUCCAAUCAUAUAACAUGGUUAAGACCUCCAACGUGGCCAGCAAAGGGUUCAGCUCUAUGACCCUGGUCUGA